UAUCGAUAAACGAAAAAGCUCAGCUUGAAUUCGUUCCAGUGGUCAUCGCGAUCGGUACGAUGUUCCGGAGGAUCUUAACGAGUGCCGCCGCCGGCGUGCUGCGGGCGAAGGUGAAGGAGACGACGGGCAUCGUCGGGUUGGAUGUCAUGCCGAACGCGAGGGAGGUCCUGAUAUCGCUCUACACGAAGACUCUGAAGGAGAUCCAGGCCGUGCCGGAGGGGGAGGGCUACCGGAAGGCGGUGGAGACCUUCACGAAACACCGGCUUCAGGUGUGCCAGGAGGAGGAGGACUGGGAGAUGAUUGAGAAGCGGAUCGGGUGUGGCCAGGUCGAAGAGCUUGUUGAGGAGGCUCAGGAUGAGCUUAAACUCAUCGCCAAAAUGAUCGAAUGGGAUCCAUGGGGUGUGCCGGAAGACUACGAAUGCGAAGUCAUUGAAGACGAUACUCCGAUACCAAGCCACGUCCCUCACCACCGGCCACCUCCUCUACCUGAAGAGUUCUACAAGACGCUCGAGGCACUUACCACUAAGCCAUCGACAAAAGACAUGCCACCGUCCACCCAAUAAACAAUCAAACAUUAUGCUUGGCUUGAUCAUCCCUGUUUAUUGUUGUUCCCUUUUUUUUAAACACUUUGAAACAUGUUAAUGGGCUUUCUUUCAAACUUUCAAAGCAAAUAAUGGUAGUAGUCAUGUACUUUGAUACUCAAGAUUUUAUCAGUUCCUUUUGAUACCAGUGACAAUGUUCCAGUAGAGAAUCUCUCAUCUCUGAGAA